UACAGCAAUUUGAAAAUGAUUUUUGAUAAAACUUUUCUUCUAUUUUUGAUUUUUCUUUUUAUUUUGUGGCCUUCAAGUAAUGCAAUGUUAAAAAAGUCGACUGAAUCUAUCAAAUCUAUCAAACGAAGUAUUAGUUUAGAUUCAUUGUCUAAUCUUGAUGUGUGGCAACUGACGGAUAAUUUAAUGACAAGUAAACAAACGAUAGAAAAAAGCCACAGUGUUAUAAGAGAUUUGAAGUAUUCAAAAAAUUCGAAACAAUUGGAAGAAUUCAAAUCAGAUCUGACAGAUUUAAAUAAGGAAAUUAUUAAUAAAGAAAAUAUGUGGAUUUCAAAAGUUAAAAAUUUAUUAAAACAUUAUAAAGAAAUUGUUAAUGAAGCUAUAAAUUUAAAAAAUGAAGAAAAUAAUUUUCGGAAAGAAACUAAAUUAGACGUAAAAAAUAAAUGUAAGGAAGAAAUGAAUAAUAAUGAAAUUAAAGUCCCCGAAUAUAAAAUUAAUGAAAUUAAAGAAAUUAUUUAUAAAUUUGAUGAAGAAUUAAAAACAAUUAACAAUAAGAUGGUGGAAUGCACAUAUGAAUAUGUGCGUUUAAAGGAAGAAUUUAAACAAUAUUAUGAUAAAAAUAAAUUAAAUAAAUAUCAAAUAUUAUUGCUUGAUAUUAAUCAUUCUUCUAAAGAUUAUUUUGAAGCAAUAAAAAAUGCUAAAGAUUUAAUCGGGGAAAAUAAAGAUUCUUCUUCUUCAAAUAAUAAUAAAAGUCUAAAAAUUCCAAAAUUGAGAAGGGCCAAUCCAAAAAAGGGAGAAAUAAAAGAAUUAUUAGAAAAUAAAGAAAAACUGAAACAUGAUUGGAAUGAGAUUAAUAAAAUGAAAAUACCUGUAGAAAAAUUUGUCGAGAAAGCUAGAGAAUUGUUAGGAGAAAUGGAAAAAGAAAUUAAAAGUUUUGAAAAAACUGAUAAAAUUUUCUUGGAAACUAUUCAUAAAUUGGAAGUGGAAAAAUUAAAUUAUGGAAUAAUUAAAAAGGAAGAAGAUGAGGAGGAGGAGGGGGGAAGUGUCAGUGAUUUUGAAGGUUCUUGUAGGGAUAUAGAAUCACCUAGAAAUUAUUUAUCUGAUGGGGAAAGUUUUGUAUCUGAGAGAGAAUAUGAAGAAUCGGGAAAAAUGAAUUUAUUUAACGAUAACCGUAAGUUUAAUGAUUUUUUAAAGUUCCGGAUAGUGUUGGGGAAUAGAUAA